AAAAUUCACUGCUUCUGUCAAAUAUACUGUCGUUUCGCAAAAAAGCUUUUACUUUUGUCUUUACCAUAAAAUAUAUUUGGCAAAAGAAAAACCAAUUGGGUUGAUUUUUCAUUAAAAAUUUAAAUAAUUUCUAAACUAAAAAAUGGAACCCUAUGAUGUUGUAGUAAAUCAACCUGUCGUAAUUGAUAAUGGUUCUGGGGUAAUUAAAGCUGGUUUUGCCGGUGAGCAUAUUCCGAAAUGUCGCUUUCCAAAUUAUAUCGGAAGACCUAAACAUGUACGAGUUAUGGCCGGUGCUCUUGAAGGUGAUAUAUUUGUUGGGCCAAAAGCAGAAGAGCAUCGAGGCCUGCUAAGCAUAAGAUAUCCAAUGGAACAUGGUAUUGUUACAGAUUGGAAUGAUAUGGAAAGAAUUUGGAGCUAUAUUUAUAGUAAAGAACAACUAGCCACAUUCACAGAAGAUCAUCCUGUUUUGCUAACAGAAGCACCGUUAAAUCCUCGAAGAAAUCGCGAAAAGGCAGCUGAAUUCUUUUUCGAAGGAAUAAAUGCUCCCGCCUUAUUUGUAUCUAUGCAAGCAGUGCUCAGUUUAUACGCAACUGGACGAGUGACAGGUGUUGUUCUAGACUCAGGUGAUGGUGUGACACAUGCUGUUCCUAUCUACGAAGGGUUCGCAAUGCCCCACAGUAUUAUGCGUGUCGAUAUCGCUGGACGAGAUGUAACACGUUAUCUCAGAACACUUAUUCGAAAAGAAGGAUUCAAUUUCCGUUCGACAGCAGAGUUCGAAAUUGUUCGAUCUAUCAAAGAGAAAGUCUGCUAUUUGGCCAGUAAUCCACAAAAAGAAGAAAAUAUUGAAACCGAAAAGGCUGCUUACACAUUACCCGAUGGAAAGACACUUGAGAUUGGUCCUGCGCGAUUUAGGGCUCCAGAAGUACUCUUUAGGCCAGAUCUGCUCGGUGAAGAGUGUGAAGGUAUCCAAGAUGUACUUAUGUAUUCAAUAGAGAAGUCAGACAUGGAUUUGCGAAAGAUGCUUUAUCAGAAUAUUGUUCUGUCUGGUGGUUCAACAUUGUUCAAAGGCUUUGGUGAUAGAUUACUUUCGGAAAUGAAAAAGCACACAUCAAAGGACUUGAAGAUUAGAAUUGCUGCUCCUCAAGAGCGUCUUUAUUCAACAUGGAUGGGUGGUUCCAUUCUCGCUUCUUUAGAUACAUUCAAGAAAAUGUGGAUCUCGAAGCGAGAGUACGAAGAAGAAGGCCAACGAGCUGUGCACAGAAAGACUUUUUAGUUUGUUUAAUUUAAUUGUAUUUAUAAUGUUCUACCAAGCCUGAUUUAAAUUUGUUUUUUUCGGCAUUGAUUACUUUGCAAUCAUACGUUUGACGUUGUAGAGGCAUUGUUUUGCUAAUUAAAAAAAAAAUAAAAAAUAAUGGCAAGAAGGUAAAGUAUCAUUACAAAAACAAACUAGCUCUUUGUUAACUCAAGGCCAUUUUAAUCAAAAUUUUUCGCAUAAUGUAUUUAUUAUAGGACAAAAUUAAAAUCCCAAUUUUUAUAUUCAUUUUUGUUUUCUAUAUUUUUUGUCAAUCAAUACAAAAUAAAGUCGAAUAAAUUUAC